AUGUCGCACUCACACGCGACGAUCGCUUCGCCUUCGCGCAACGCCUCAUCCACCUCCUCACUCCGAGCUCCGUCCACAGUAGCCUUACUCAACGCGCGCAGAUCCUUUCUCGACACAUCCGCCCUCUCGCCUCAAGAAUAUCUCGUCUACCUAUCCAGUUUCAGCAGCAUCAAGCCUGCUCCCAGCGGCCAACCAGAUCUGAUCGACGAACAGGAUGCUUUGCGCUACCUUCGCGAAGAGUGCGGCAUGACCAUGGCCGACGAGCUCGACAUCCUACCUCUCUUCGAACGCACGCCGCUCGGUCUUGGCUCCGGCCACUUCUUCGCUAUGCUCCGCUUGGUUUCGUGGGCGCAGCAAGGAAGAUCCGCGUCCAAAGACCUCAUUUUCACCCAGACAAAGCCCGCGCGCAUCGCUCUGCCAAAGAAGAUUUCGACACCGCAAAGCGCAUCCGCAGCAACUUUUGGAAAUCCGCAGCAGAUCACCUCGCCAGGACCAAGGAGCUUCACAGCGGGUCCACCACCGCUCGUCACCGUGCCAGCCCCGUCCAAGAUGGCUCCGCCAAAGCCCGAGACCAGCACGAAGCCUUUGCUGACCCCAGUGCGCGAAGAGGCGCCUUUCAACGCCGACGACGGACCCGAAUCCUCCAAGCCACCGCCCGCGGUGCCCGCCAAACCGCAGAUGCCAAAGUUGGUCGCGCCCAAACCGAAGGUAGCCAAUCCGAACGUGCCUCUCAACCUGGAACAGCUCCAGCGAAAGCCGGUGCCCAUCCUGCCAUCUUCCAGCGCCAACCCUUUCCGCGAUGGUGCCGCUUCAACUACCGGCUAUGUCAGCGGAUCUGGCUACGCCGUAGCUGUGGGUGCCACUCCCAUCGCGCCGGCCAAUAUCUCGACACCGUCCGAUGCACUUCGCGGCUUCGACCCAGCACCCAACCCUUUUAAGCAGAGCAAGCCUCGACUGGUGAGACCGACGCCGGUGCGCGCCUCUUCCCCAGCAUCCAACCCUUUCCGCAAUGGCACGCCUGCGAUGGCAGCUCAGACUCAGUUCCCCAAAGUCGUUUUCGACUCGGCCGACGAUGCCGCAUCCUCGCAGGCCAGCAGCUCGCGCUCACGGCAGCAACACACCCACCAGCCCGAUCGACUUGGUGCAGGGUCACCGCCGCUACCUCCGCGCCCUGGCGACCGCAACCCACCCCCCUUGCCUCCCCGACACAUCAGUCCGCUCAUCCAAGCCGGUCUCAACGCCCGAAGCGAGGUGCGCAGGGCGCAAGAAUCGUUGCCUCCCAAGACGUUCACCGUACUGCAAUCAUCGUCGGCUAAACACGGUGCGCCGGCGCCUGUCAAGCCGCGCCUGUUGAACGGACAGACAGCGCCGCCAGAGGUCGCCGCCGUCUCGUCGCACGUCAAGAGGCGGUCGGUGUCCGGCACAAAGUCGCUGCUGGGCGGCGGCAGUGUUGUUGGCGCAGCCUUGCAGCGUCGUGAUUCGCAACAGUCCACCUCGGACGCGGGACGCAACGAUGGCGAGGCGGGUGUAAACGCCCGGCGUGCAUCCAGCCAACUGCACCGCGGCAUCGUUGGCGGCAGCGAGGUGGGUGCCGGAAGCUCCAUGGUCUCGCAUGGGGCCUUGCAUCACCAGCAGCAAAGCACGGUACCCACAGUAGCGCCCAAAGCAAUCUAUGCCAAGAAGGCAGGCUCAGCCAGCGGCGAAGACUCCUCGACAGUAUCCAAGGUGAAGCCUACCCUCCCGUCAUGGUUGAAGGAGCAGGAAGAGCUGCAGCGCGAAGCACUCGCAUCUGGUUCGGAACCGCCUCCGCCUCCUCCAAUCCAGCCCACAGAAGGUGGAGUUCGCGGUCGUGCGUCCCGAACGGUCGUCGACGAGCUGACUGACUCCGCCGAAGCCAUGUCGGACGAAGUUGCCGCCGCCACCGCAGCAUCGAUUGAACGCCACAAUCCUUUCUUCCCGCCACAUCGCCGAGACGAAGGACGCAGCCCCAACCCUGCCGCAUCGGAUGCAUUCGAAGAUAGCCAAGUCAGCAGCAGUCGUCCGCUUGGACGCUCCAAUACCGUCACUGGCGCCGGUGGAGCGCGUCCUGUGCCGCCGCGUCGUCCUCGCGUAGCCACAGCCGAGAACGAUAGCACCAUGGCCGACGACGGCGGUUCCCAAGUCUCGUCCAACGCACAGUGGGGCCAUUCGCUAGCCUCUGGAGUACACGCUGGAUUCAAACCCAACAAGGAACCCAAGAACAGCGGAGGACUGCGCCUGGUUCCGCCUUCCAAGCAAGCCAGGAUGCUCAACAUGACCACCGCCGAGCAGCUCGAGCAAGAAGGAAUCCGACCCGCGAAUGACCUGCGCAAAGUGAGCUCGGCGACGAACGAGGACACCCCUUCCACAGGUGGUGUCGUCGCCGCCAGCGAGAACUCCUCGGCUAACGGACCCAUGAGCCCCACCACCCCUUCUGGCAACUAUCCCUCCCACCAGAUCCAGCCAUCUGGUUUCAUGCGACGCCAAGGGUCUCUCGGCUCCACAAUUCGUGAGAAGGUCUCCGACAUGUUGCGUCUUCAGGAUCAACCACCCAAAGGCCAACGUCAGGUCGACUUUUUGACGCAGGACAUCAACAACUUCGUCAACAAGAACGAGUGGCUUGCACGCAAACGUGACUCGUUCGUCCGAUCUACCGGCGGUGGACGCGAGCGACUCAUCUCCAACUCUCAUGUCGAAUCCGAUGACGAAGAUCAGAGGCUGGAACAGGACGAGGAGGACGAUGCGCAUCCGGACACGGAUACGAACACAGCACCCGGUAACGACUCGACCGACUCCGCUCGCCGACGUCGACAGCACGAUCGCGAUCCCUUCUCAUCGCCACCACCGGUCACACACCACAACGAGCACAACCCGCACCUGCACCAACCGCCGCCCCAGCACCCAUCGGCUGCUGCAGCAGCAGCAAUGACGGGAGGAAUACGUCGAAGCGGAUCGCUCAACCCAAAGCGGUCCAGCUCGUACAACUACCCGCAGCAUCAAUCCGGAGCACCUACGAAUCCCAGUGCUCACCCUCCCCACCUUGCAGAGGCUGGAGACAAAAGUCGUCGGUGGUCCUCCUUCCACCAACCGCACAACUCGUUCAGCCAGCUGCAGAUGCAUUCGCAUUCCUUCCUGAACAACAGCAAGACGGAUGGAACCGCGAGCCACGGUUUGAGGGGCUCGGCAGUGGACGAGGAAGAUGCGGACGACGAAGUGUUCGUCAGCGUCGCUCAGAGGAUCAAGGCUGCCGAACAGACCGGCGCCGCGGGCUACGCACAGCUUUGA